CAACAAGGAUCAGAGCAUCUACAUGAACUAAGAUUCUGGGCAUACAUCUGGAUAUCCACCUCCACACGCGGGGCCAAGCCCCCUCCUUUUUCAAAUCAUAUCGCUACCUAGGUAGCUGCUGCUUGCUUGCAAACCGUGCAUGAGCUGGGGCUGAUCGAAUUCAUAUCUUGCAAAGCAAGCUCUCCUUUUCUCCCCUCUUGCCCAUUGUCUCUUUUCAGCAGACACCUUAUUUUGCCCUUUCCCUGGAUUCCUUGGGUUCCCUGGAGCUACAAGAAGGAGACCUUGUGUUUCUCCCGCCAGGUAUAUACAUAUAUAUACUAGGUAGCUGGCGAGUCCAAACUUUCCGGGUGAACAUGAGCAGUGUUUUCCUGCUCCCUUCUCGUCUGUGGUUUGUUGGGAACACCACCUUUUGGCAACCUUAAAAAAAAGCUUGUACGAUCUUGAGACGGGUACUUGCAACAAUGUCGAGGGACGAGACCCAAGACCAAUAUUCGGACGACGAAGCCGAGUUCGACGAAGAGUACUUUGCCAGAACCUAUCGUCCGCUGUCGAACCUCCCUACCCCGCCUCCGUCAUCGCGGAACACAUCAGCUAUCGGGAGCCCCAGGAGCAUCCUGGAAGAUGGGGAGCUCUUCGGCUCUGCGCUACUGGGCCCAGCUGUCCACCUCGUAAACCUUAUCCCGCCCCCCGCCUCGCUUGCAACGCCUUCGAUCCCGCUCGUCCACGAGAUUCUCACCCGAGCUAAUCUUCCCCUGGAGACGAUUGCCCUGGCCGUGUGCGUUUUAGACUCGCUCGACUCCAAGUUCUCCUUGAGCUGGAGGCUGGUCUGUCCGCUCGCGCAUUUCCAGGCCUCCCCGGCCUACGCUAAACGCCACACGAUUCCAGCCCCGAUUCUGGUCAACGACCAGCUGCACAUCGAUUCUGUCCGCCCGGAGCUGAUCAUUCUCGCCUCUCUGGUCAUUGCGGUCAAGUUCCUGGAGGACUGCCAAACCCCGACAACACACUACGCCUCGUGCUGGGGGCAUGACCUAUGGACAUGCGAGCAAAUCAACGUGACCGAGUGGUGCAUCAUGGAGAGCCUGGGCUACCGAAUCCUGCCGCUGUGGGACCCGGAGCUAAUCGGCGACGCGCUGGGGGACAUGAGGCGGGCCGCCAAGCAGGCCGCCCUGCACGGGGAGUCCCCGCGGGGCAAGGAUGACCCCCAUAAGCGGUCCAUGAGCUCAGGCAAGGCCGUCCCUGGCCUGGGCCUGCAGUUCACGCCCGCCGAGACGCCCAACCGGCUCGAGAACGCAGCUGCAGCUGCAGCCUGUUGGCCCGUGGCUGGCCGUCUGGUCUGCGACGAGGCCCGGGCCGCCUUCAUGGGCGGUGGCUCCGCUCUGACUCGCGAUUCGCUCCGGCUCCCGCCCGAGACGACCAAGAGGAAAAGCUUGUCGCUAGCCGAUGGGCUGGAUGUUUAUGGGACGGUGCCUGCAUAGAUCUACCGGAGUCAUAUG